AUGGAUUUGGCCAACCAUGGACUUAUUCUCCUGCAACAGUUAAACGCUCAGCGAGAGUUUGGUUUCCUGUGUGACUGCACGGUUGCCAUCGGCGAUGUGUACUUCAAGGCACACAAAUCAGUUCUUGCUUCAUUCUCCAAUUACUUUAAGAUGUUGUUUGUCCAUCAGACCAGCGAAUGUGUCCGCUUGAAACCCACCGACAUCCAGCCGGACAUCUUCAGCUAUCUCCUGCAUCUCAUGUACACAGGCAAGAUGGCGCCGCAGCUGAUCGACCCGGUGCGGCUGGAGCAGGGCAUCAAGUUCCUGCACGCUUACCCGCUGAUCCAGGAGGCCAGCCUGGCCAGCCAAGGAGCCUUUUCUCAUCCCGACCAAGUUUUCCCGCUGGCGUCGUCCUUGUAUGGCAUUCAGAUCGCAGACCACCAGCUGAGACAAGCCACCAAGAUGGCCUCGGCGCCUGAGAAACUUGGUCGAGAGCCACGGCCGCAGGCGACGCGGAUGAGCCAGGAGCAGGGGCCCGAGGCCCCCCAGCUCUCCCAGCUGCCCUCCAAUCUGAGCCAGGUGAACCGGACACACAUGACUCCCUCAGACCCGCUGCAGACCUCGCUGUCGCCCGACCUCGUCUCCACGCCCGUUCCUCCCCCGCCCCCCGGGGAGGAGACCAACCUGGAAGCCUCCUCGUCGGACGAGCAGCCCGCGCCCCUCACCAUCGCCCACGUCAAGCCGAGCAUCAUGAAGAGGAACGGCAGCUUCCCCAAGUACUACGCCUGCCACCUGUGCGGGCGGCGCUUCACGCUGCGGAGCAGCCUGCGGGAGCACCUCCAGAUUCACACGGGGGUCCCCUUCACGGCCAGCCAGCCCGGCGAGAGCCGCGUGCCCCUGUCUCUGUGCAGCAACGCGGCGGACCUCGGCAAGGACGCCAUGGAAGUGCCGGAGGCGGGCAUCAUCAGCGACAGCGAGCUCCAGCACAUCUCGGACUCGCCCAUCAUCGACGGGCAGCCGCACUCGGAGACGCCGCCGCCCUCGGACAUCGCGGACAUUGACAACCUGGAGCAGGCGGACCAGGAGCGGGAGGUCAAGCGGCGCAAGUACGAGUGCACCAUCUGCGGCCGCAAGUUCAUCCAGAAAAGCCACUGGCGGGAGCACAUGUACAUCCACACCGGGAAGCCUUUCAAGUGCAGCACGUGCGACAAGAGCUUCUGCAGGGCCAACCAGGCGGCCCGCCACGUGUGCCUCAACCAGAGCAUCGACACCUACACCAUGGUGGACAAGCAGACUCUGGAGCUCUGCACCUUUGAGGAAGGCAGCCAGAUGGACAACAUGUUGGUACAGACGAACAAACCCUACAAAUGCAACUUGUGUGACAAAACGUUCUCCACUCCCAAUGAGGUGGUUAAACAUUCAUGCCAAAGCCAGAACUCAGACGUCUUCGCCCUGGAGGAGGGGCGGUCCAUUCUCCUGGGCAGUGGGGACUCGGAGGUGACGGAACCCGACCACCCGGUGUUAGCUUCCAUCAAAAAGGAACAGGAAACAGUGUUGUUAGACUGA